AUGAGACGGUCCCAAGGACUGUCUCUCGCUCUGGGAGGACUGGCCGUAUCAAGCAGCGGUGCCAUGCUUACUUUCGAUAUCAUAUUUGCCGCAACUCUGCCACACACAGCUCCCCUAACCACGUCAAGAAUUGCUGCAAUUGUAGCAUCUUCGCUCUCUGGAUUCGAUGUCGCCGUACUAUUAUUACUGAUAGGUCGACAAAUUCGAUAUCGCAAUGGUGGCCAUAUUCAGGACUUUGGUCAUGGACGACGACACACAUACAUUGUUGCUGGGAUUGCUGGCACUGUUGCCGUCCUCUCCGCGGUUGCAUCUGCUAUUUUGUUUGCGACAACGAAAAUCCAAAUCGCCAACAUGUCUCCGAUGUCAGUAAUCUCCUCGCAAAACCUCGUCACUGGAGGCUUCAUUAUCUGGGCUGCCUUCCUGUUAUUCCAAGCAAUUUUUGUGAUAUCCAUAAUCAUUGUCCAGAAAAGAGGUUGUGAACAACUGACCCAACCCUUUGGGGACGAACCGGAUAGAGAGGCUUUCCCUGAGAUGGAAGAAGCAAACAAUGCCGAGAAGCGCGCUCUGGAAAACGACAAUGCUCAUCGAGGAGACUCCUCCAUAGAGUUUAGAACACCCCCUUCAUCCAGCGGUCGAUCCCGCGCUGGCUCUGACAACAUUUCGUCACUGCGGUCCUCAUUAUCUCAAGUUGUGCGGCCUAUCUCGUCAAAGACUAAACUCAUUCAGACAAGCCACAAAUCACCCCAUCGCCCAACAUCAACUUCGUCUAGUCAACGGGGAACUUCUAUGGAUGAUGGAUUCGACUCGUGGGACACUUCAACGGUCGAUGCGCAUUCGAGACACGCAGUUGAGUCGGUUUCUCCAGUUGGUCAGCAAAGAUUUUUAGAGACGAUCCCAGCUAGUCCGACAGGAAGUAGAAGUCCAAGUCCGGGUUUUCCACUGGACUUAGUUCCACCCAAGACUCGUACAAGGAGUUGUAGUAACAGUCCUGCCAAUACUCCGGCUACCAGCCCCAAAGAUCGCGAACGAUUUCAGAAAUCUCGGACAGUGAGUCCCACCGAGAGUAUGAAUGAAGCACACAUCCAUCCUUUAUUCCGAACCGUGUCGCCGACACCACCACCUUCGGCAACUCCCAGUACUAUCAUAACAGCUGCGCCCAAUGCUGGCCAGCUGAUUGCGGAUCGACAAAGUAUUCGAUCUAUCCACCGUAUGCGAAGUGGCAGUCUUCCUUCGAGUCCUUUAGGACACAGCCCAAGCCUCGAUAGUAUUCGUUGCACGAUGGAAAAAGAGGAGCUUGAGCGGUUCGAACCUGGUGGAGAGCGGACUCUGACCCCUCCAAUUCCGGAUUUCGUCUUGAAUGGCGGUCCACGAAACAGCCUCGCUGGAUAUAAUUCCAGGAAGAGAUCUUUAGUCGGAAUAAACAAGAUGGGAGAGGUUCGAGAAUCAUAG